GUAGAGAGCUUCCCGCAGGUCCUUUUAAAAAGAAAAGUGCCACUAGCAUAGAAAAUGCGUGCUGUUAUUCAGCGAGUAAUGAAAGCAAGUGUCUCAGUGGAUGGAGAGAUAGUUAGUUCCAUUGAUCGAGGGCUUUGUGUCCUGCUGGGAAUAUCACACAAUGACACACCUAAGGAGUUUGAUUAUAUGGUGAGGAAGAUACUCAACUUGCGUUUGUUUGAUGAUGAUCAAGGAAAACGGUGGAUGAAGAGUGUUAAGGAUAAAAACUUUGAAGUCCUCUGUGUGAGCCAGUUCACUCUCUAUCAUGUAUUGAAGGGUAACAAACCUGACUUCCAUAAUGCCAUGGGAGGGGAAGCAGCUGAGGCAUUUUAUCAGAAUUUCCUUAAAGAACUUGGAAAAGCUUAUGACCAUGGUAAAAUUAAAGAUGGAAAGUUUGGUGCUUACAUGCAAGUUCACAUUCAGAAUGAUGGCCCAGUCACCAUAACACUGGAUUCCCCUGCUCAAACACAGGAACCAAAAGGGGCAUUGAAAGGCAAACAAAAACGGGAAAAAACUGCAGCAGCAAUAUCAGAAUCCAGUGUGGCAAAGCAGAACACAGGGUCAGAACCUAGUCUGGCAAAACCAGGUACAGGAUUAGAAUCAAGGGGGAUGGAAGAAGGGUCAGAAAAAAGUAGGACAGAAACAGGGUCAGAAACAAGUGGGACAAAAAAAGGGUCAGACCCUUAUCAGACAAAACCAGAAACAAGAGCAGAACACAGAAGCAGGGACAUUACCAUUGAUGACAGUGUAGAUGAGUUAGCCAGUGAAUUACACCAAAAGACCUAACAUAGCCAUCCCAACAUAAAAUAAAUAUUGAAGGAAUUCGAGUGAAUUGCACCUGAAAACAAGUCUUAAUUUUGUUUUAAUUAUUCUGCUGGAACAUUAAUAUUAAUAAAUUAAUGAAAUUAGGUAAUUAAAAAUUGUGUUUAUUAGCUCAUUUCUAUUAUGUGUAAUCUUAUGCAGAGAGAAAAGCAUAUAUCAAAAGUCUACUUAUUAGAACUGUAUUCACAAUUUAAAGGAACUCAUAAAUUCAUUAAACGUAUGAAAUAUUGCUUUUCAUAUCCAAUGCCAUCCAACAGUAUUGAUUGGAUAGUGGCGCUGGUAAAUGGACUACGUAACUGUAAAUCCAGACACAUACUCCAUUUCACUUUACUAAUUUUGCUAAUUUCCUCUUUCAAAGAUUUGUCUUGUAAUGCCUGUUGUACUUUAACGCUGACACUCCACUAGAUAUUCCAAUAUAUGAUAGUCCUUUGUGGUAAUAUUUGUGAACCUCACCUUCUUAAGGCUUACCAUCAAGUAGCAAGAAUGAUUGGCUUUCAAUAAACUUUUAACCCAUGAUAUGUUGUAAAAUUGUGUUAAAUGUAUAUGUAGCAAUUCAGACUUCAAAUUUAUAGCCUAAUGCGUGUUCAAGUUCUACGUCUAACCUGACUCGUGUUCAUAGCACCAAAGUUAUCUUGUAUAGCAUAACAUCAGUCCACUUUGAAAAUCAUUUGAAGUAGAGUCACCUAAUAAUACCCUGAAUGUGCAUGGCUGACAAUAACUCUUCAUCUGCACCGAUAUUCACCAGUCGUUGCCAUCAAUUUGGACACCAAGUUUUCUGGUAAUUUAACUCGAUCUGGACUCUUCUUUGUCUGCCAGAACAAUCGCUUUCUGCUUUCAAUCUCUUUCUUCGCUUUGUCUGUUUUCAGUCGCAUCACAGACCUAUUAGCGCAACGAUGCACUGCGAGUUUUGAAUAUGCACUCGCUUUGUCUAUCCAUGGGGAAACAAUAACCCCUCAAUGAAAAGAUGAACUCCGAAAGACCUUUUAAACAAUUAAGAAGACGUAAGUGCGCUUUCUUCAGUGUACCUUGGAGCAAUGGUGCCUCAUUGGUCUAAGAUUGUACCAUAAACCUUGUACGUUUAGAGACUUGGUAACAUGAUGUAGAAACAGGGUGAGAAAUACAGGUAUCCGCUCUCACGGGUAGGCAGUGUCAUGAAAAGGCAUUCCGGUUAUAGGAUAAACAAGAGAC